UAGCUACUAGCACCUAUCGAUUCCAUUCAAAUAGAUGUGCGCAUAUUUUUUUAUUUUAAGCUGUUGAUCUGUAUUUAUUACUGCAUCUGCCAUCAUCCGGUACAGGAUUAUCAUCACUAUUUCCUUCAUUUAACUUCGUUGUCACUCGAAUGUAGUCUAAAUCAUUAUCUCUGUCUCUUUUUCGGAUAAAAUGUAUAAUAUACAAACACAUUUGAUAAAAAUGAUUGCUUUAUGUAGUGAAGUUUGUAUAUCUUUAGUCAAAAGACACGAUAUACUAUGGAGAAUACCGAAUGCACGUUCAAUUCAUUUCCUUGUUAUCGAGAGUGGUUUAUUAAAGUUUUCUCUUUACGAAGUCGAUGCUCUUCGUGGAUAUGGUCGCAGGAGGAGUUGUUGCGAAAUUGAAAUGGAAGAAUUUAAAAGACAGCUAUAGGAAAAACAUACAGAAGCUGCCCCCUUUGAAAUCUGACUCGAAAGCAACAAUCCCAUGUAAGAUCAAAUGGCCCUAUUUCGAAAUGAUGGGAUUCAUCAAGGAUUAUGUAACUCAUACUCGCGGUGGAAGUAAUUUGCCAGAUAAUUCGUUCAUCAGCGAUGAUAAUAUCGAGGAACAACCUGAUGAAGUUUCCAAUGAUAAUGUCAAAGAUACGAGUGAUCUUGCAAGUACUUCGAAUUGUACGCAGGAAUAUUCCACUUCCACACCUAUCAAAUUUUUGGAUCCAGGAUUUCACUCAAAUUCAAAAUUUUCACAAAAAUCUAAAUACAAAUACAAAAAGCAGCGGAGGGACGUAGAUAUCGAAUUUUUAAAGCUAGAGGAACAGCGGCUAAACUUAUUGAAAAAAGACAUAAACAACAAAAGCGAAGAAAACCCAGAUCUCCAGUUUUUUAAAAGUUUACUUCCUUUUAUGGAAUCCUUAUCUCCAAUCGAAAAAUUGGAAGUGAGAGGAGAGAUACAGAAUGUUAUUAUUAAUAAACUACGAUCUAGGCAACCAGUCUAGAUGGUAUACUGGUAUAUCCGAAAAUUCAAACGUCAUACAUAUCUAUUGAGGAAAAUCAAUAGCAAACUCGAAUAUUUUUUUUUUUACAUAAAUUCAAAAUUUAUUGUAAGGAUUAGU